GUUUUUCACCAUUCCUUCGAAAAUGGACGUGCAGCCUCCGCCUUUACGAACCCUGGACGACUUUGUCAGGAGCUCUGCUCGCUUCUCCUUCCCAGAUGUUCGUAAUUUGGAGCGAUGGAAUAACCGGAUAAUCAACAACUUGCUGUACUACCAGACUAAUUAUUUUGUCUCCUUUCUGGGGUUCCUUGUCCUUAUCGGGUAUUUCGAGCCAUUCCAGCUGUGCUUGGGGGCCACGGUGGUGACUCUGCUGUUCCUGGGUUUUGUCUGGGCGGCGGAGAACAAGGCUACGGUCAGGCGUUUCCGCCGGAAUCACCCCUCGCUCUCCCUAGUGGCCAUCCUGGGCUCCAGCUACCUCCUGCUGUCCGUGAUCGGUGGUGUGGCUGUGUUCCUGUUCGGCAUCGCCUUCCCUAUAUUGGUAAUUCUGAUCCAUGCCUCCACACGGAUGCGUAACCUGAAAAACAAGCUGGAGAAUAAGCUGGAGAGCAUCGGACUGAAGAGAACCCCAAUGGGCCUGGUUCUGGAGGCUCUAGGACUGGAGCAGGAGGCUGGCUCUUAAGGCACACACACACACACACACACACGCACACACAUAAACAUCCUUCUGCGCAGUUCAUUUAAUAAACAUAACUCUUGGAAGUCACAAAGAUAUAUACUAAAGUGGGUAAUUGGGUAACUAGCCUAUGUAUCAAAAUGGGGGCAGGAGAAGAGUGUGAUUUCAGUUUGAGAAACGUAGCACAUGCCUCAUGAAAAAUAUCAGCCUGGACAGAAGCUGACAGAAGUGCAAAUCCUGUCCGCUAUCAUUGAAUGACGUCUAACCACUGACCUGGUGAUGGUCCAGUUGUCACCGCUGUGCAGACGUUAGACCUUUGUGACUUCUGUGAUUUGUGCGGAAGCAUUUUUUUUGUCUUUGUAAGCAGCUAGCUUAGGGGAAGUGGAGAGGAAGGCCUUUCAUGGGUGGAAUGGUGUUGUUUGGGAACAGACUCCUCUCAGUGGGAACAGGGCAGUGGGUUGGGAGCCACGGAACAAUAAGAAAGAGAGCAUGUUUGUGGAAAUGUGUAUAAGAUAGUGUGUGUGUGUGUGUGUGUGAGAGAGAGAGAGAGAGAGAGAGAGUGUGUGUGAGAGAGAGAGAGAGAUUGAGAGAUUGAGAUGUGGUUGAGUUUAUUGCUUACAUAAGCAUUCAGUGAUGUUUGUAUUGACCAACAUGAAGUAUAUUAAACAGUUUUGCUUUUUUUUUUUUUUUUUGGACAGAACAUUCGCACACUCGAACAACUCCAAGGCAUACGCCAUGGCAGCAUAGCUAGCUUAACAAUGCACUCCAGGACCAAGAAGGAUAACACGUGGUGGUUAGCCAUGGAAUCUGUUAAAAGGCAGCCAAUCGGAGGCCUCAAAUGCCUUUCAUUUUCAGUAAUUUAUUAUUUAACAGUGACUCAUAAUGCCAUAAACAAACUAAUUACACUAAAUUAAUGAUAUUAUAUUAAGGAGUCCCAUGACUGUAGCCUGAAGUGUCUUAAUUUAUAUGAACCAUAUGGAGUGAUUGUAAAUGCGGGUGUUAAUUUUAUAAAGUUGUUUCAACAGCCUCCAAAGUAACUAGACAAAUGUCCAUACUUUAUUUAUGAUUAGAGUAUGUGUAUGUGUGGCUUGAUGGUUCAAUUGGGUGUGCAGGAUGGGGGAAUUUUUGUCACAAUGAUGUAAAGAAGAUUAUUUGCAGUACAUGCAACAAUAUGCCAUUUUUGUUUAACGUUGGAUUUCAAUGAAGGAUGUUUACCACUUAUAUAAAUUCAGGAAUUUGCAUUUGGUGGUUUGCACUGCGUGGCGAGCCAGAGACUCUAAUGUCCGCUUUGUUGUUGUUUUUACCUGUUUAUGUCAUCAUGUUAUAUUUGAUCUGUAUUUUAUGUGGCCUUCAGUUUACUGUCCAGUGUUUUGAAAUGUAUUGAGAUGAAACUCCAUUUCGCACAGCAAGCAUGCAUUAUAAAUAUACGCCAUGAGUACCUUCAUAUUUGUUUCAUGUGCCUCAUGUUAACAUUGUUUUCCCAUACAUUUUCUCUAGAACUCAAGCCUAGACUUUAUUUUAAGAUGUCGAAGGAGAUGUAUUAUUGCAGAAGUGGCCAUUCCUGUUUGUUGGCAUUUAAGGCACUUGUAAAUAAACGCAUAUUUCAUUUAUCACCGCA